AUGAUGCUGGGCGUGAAGGAAAGUGUGAGCGGCAAGCUGUACCGGUUGACAGCAGAUGGUGCAGAGGAACGUGUGUGCGGUGGCAAGGGUGCUGUCUACUUGAGCGGGCCUAAGGUUGCGCUACGCUGCUGCGGUAAGACGAGCAUUGUAGCUACACGUCAAGCAAAGCAGAGCGUCUUACGUCAAGGCGAUGUGCUGCUGCUUGGGCUGCGCGACACCUUUUACGCAAACGGAACACUGACUAAGUAUGAAGUAGUGGAUGCAAAUGCAGCACCAUCCAAGCUGGCACUGCACGUGCUACCCACGCGUGUGCCGAGCAUUACCAUGAGUUCAGCGGCCUCCAAUAUUGUGAAACCCAAAGCGAAGCGUGCUGCAAACCCAAAACACGUUUCGUCGUAUUUUUACGGGAUGAAUGACUAUCGUAGUCGAAAGUUCAACGAAAAGAAGGACCAUGUCGACGAAGUAAUAGCCUUAGCAGAAGACGCUGACGAAGAAGAGGAUGAAAUAGUGCCAUCUACGAGACGACGUUCAAAUCGUACUAGAGCAAUUGUUGAGUCUGACGAUGAGACAGAGACGAGCAGGUUCACGGCGCAAGAGUCAUCGGGAUGGGCGCCUCAGGAUCAAAAAGUAUAUGAAAAGGAUUCAGGACACUCGACGUCUGCUGCAACCGAUUGGAUGGCCGCUUUUGGACGUUAUGGUGUUAAGAAAUGCAAGUCAGAUUCUAGUGGAACAUUGUCAGAUGGAUGGAAACGGAGGCGAACGGAUGGAAAACAUACAACGAAAUCCAGCACGUGCAGGAUGCCCCUGUACCAAGAUAUCAAUGAAGAGCUUGACGAAUUGGACGAGGAUGAGCAUUUCUCGCGUUCUCAUGAUGAAGUUGGGCAACUCUUAGAAGAAUGUGAAAGAAUUGCACGGAAAUUGCGGUUGUCAGUGAAGGCUUGGUCGGGCAAUUCGAUAAAAUCGACAAAUUCCAGUCCAUCGACGUCUCCUGGAGAUGCAACGGACGAAGAGGAGGCUUUUCACAUGUCGUUGGCGUCAAUUAAAGGAUCAGACCGUCGUGUCGUUUCUCAAACAGAUAUUCCCAACAUCUCAAAAUCUCUCAAGUUAAAGCCCUAUCAAGUCGUUGGUGUCAACUGGUUAUUGUUGCUUUACGAAAACAAAGUUUCCGGUGUAUUGGCCGAUGAAAUGGGACUGGGUAAAACUGUGCAAACGAUUGCGUUUUUAUUGCUGCUCAAGUCAAUGAAGACGAGCAACGUAGGACCCCAUUUGAUUGUAGUACCAGCAAGUGUGCUUAAUAAUUGGAACCGAGAGUUUGCGUGGAUUGCACCGACUCUGCGUAUUGUCACAUAUCAUUGCGUAAAGACUAAUCGGCGUGAACUAGAAACCACGAUCAAGAGCGACGAUUUUGACGUCAUGUUGACAACGUACUCGUACUUUGAGCGUGACUCCUGUCAGGAGGAGCGUGCCUUCCUUCGGAGCUUUAACUUCGAAUACAUAAUCCUCGACGAAGGUCACAGUAUCAAAAACUCGAAUACGUCCCGAUUUAAGCGAAUGACAGCAUUGCGGACGCGUACCCGAUUGUUGUUAAGCGGGACACCAAUCCAAAAUAAGCUAAAUGAGUUGCUGACCAUGCUGAGUUUCCUCAUGCCACGCAUGUUUGACCACGGCUCAGAUGAACUCUUGACAUUUUUUGAUGGAAGCGAAGAGAAGAAAUGUGAAAAGGUGCGAAAGAUCUUGGCUCCAUUUAUUCUCCGACGAGAGAAAAAAUAUGUCUUAAGUCAGCUCGUGCCAAAGACGGUGGCCGUCAAGCUCAUUAAGGUUGGAGACGAGCAACGAAAGGCGUAUACCAACUUACUGGAUGCUGUGGUCAAGCGUCACGAGGCUCGUGCUGCUUUCAAAGCGGCAGCAAUAGAGCAAAAGAAGAACAAAAGUAAGGACAACAGAGCAAUUCGUCAACUUCGUGACUUGACGAACUCGUAUGUUGCGAAAGCUAACAAGGAGCAGAGUACUAUAUCCAUUUUUACGCAAUUGAGGAAAGCUGCAAAUCACCCUGUAUUGCUGCGUCAACAUUUUGUGUCAGACAAUGUGCUGGAUACUAUGAGUCGUUGUCUGCAUCAAGCUCAAGCAUUUGGCAAUCAAUGCUCGAUGGAUCGAGUCCGACAAGAGCUCGAGUCCUACAGUGAUUUCGAGCUGCACGACUUGUGCGUACAGUAUGCAGCAAUCGAUGACCUGCGCCGGCUCCAAUUACCGAUGGAGACUCUACUUGCGUCAGCGAAGUUUGACUUUUUGCGAUCAUUGCUUCCGCAGCUUCAUAAAAAUGAUCAUCGUGUCCUGAUUUUCUCGCAGUGGACAAAACUUCUUGACUUACUGGAGAUAUUGAUGGGGCACAUGAAAUACCGGUAUCUGCGAUUGGAUGGAUCUACUAACAUUCAGGAACGGCAAGGACUCAUUGAUACGUUCAAUAGAGACAAGGACAUCUUUGUCUUUUUGCUAUCUACUCGCGCUGGCGGUCUCGGUAUAAAUUUGACAUCGGCAGAUACAGUCAUAUUGCACGAUUUGGACUUCAAUCCAACUUCUGAUGAGCAGGCAUGUGAUCGAUGUCACCGAAUUGGCCAAACCAAACCUGUGUCCAUCUACAAGCUGGUGUCAGAGGGCACAGUUGACGAAGAUAUUUACAAACUCGGCGCAUCCAAGACAGAAUUGAAUCACAAGAUAUUGGACAAGCUUAACGCGAACACUGGUGGUAAAAAGAAGACCAAGAAUUUGGACACAUUAACUGUCGAAAUGUUGUUGGCGUCAGUCAUUUCUGACUAUAAGAGCGCACAGUUAGAAGCGAACCAUGAGUGA